AUGACCGCGUCGGCGGUGUCGUCGACGUACGCGACGACAAUCGCGGCGUCAAUGUCUACCAACGCCGCCGCCGCCGCUACUAACGCUACCGCUGCUGCCGCCGCCGCCGCCGGCUUCAUUAUUACUCGUGCCGCCGUUGCUGCCGCCGCUGCCGCUGUUACCGUCGCUGCGUUCUGUACUACUACCGGUGCUGCUGCUGCAUCGACUACUACAUCAUCCGACAUUACUACCGCCGACACUACGACUACUGAUACUACUUUUACUACUACUACUAUUACUCGCUCUACUAAUUCUAACGCUAUUGCGAAUAACACUACCACCACUCCUAGUGAUACUCGCACUGUCACCACGACCACUACGACUACUGAUACCCCCGCACGGUUUUACGGCAACGUCGUCGUCGUGUGCGGCCAGCGGACCGCUGCCGUCGCGGACCUUGUGUUGUUAUGGUCGAUUGUGCGGGUCACCAGCCCGGCGACGCGACAUGAUCUCUGGCGUCGACACGACACUACAACGCAUCACCAAAGUCGUCAAAUCGUCGCUUCCCCAGGCAGUUGCAGCUGUUGUACAACAUUACCGUCACCAUCGCCACCGCCACCACUACGCGCUACCGACUCAUCCGUCAAGUACAAGGAGGAAAAAUGCGGAUUCCGAGGCGAAACGGCCGGAUCGGUUGUGAUAGAGUGGUGGCGCCGGUUCCGGCGGUACAAUGCGCGCUGCCAGCACCGGCGGCGGUCUCAUCCGUCUCGUCGUCAUUUGGCCGAUGGUGCUCGCAGCGCUGGUCAUGACCGCAACCGGCGCCUCACCAACGUCCGCCGCGGCGUACGCCGCUACGGCCACAGUCACGGCCGCCACGGCCACGGUCACCGUGGUCGCCGCGAUGCAUCGGACCGGGCCGCAGCCCUCGUCCACGUCCCCGUCACCGUCAAAGCCACCACCGUCGCCGCCGCCGCCACCGGCCGCGGACAACGCGACGGCCGGCACCGCGGCCUGCGAAUUGGUGCGCGUGUCGCUCCGGGAGCCGGCGUGCACCGGACAGAUAAGCGAGGGCCCGGGCCCGCCGCGGUGUCCCGCGGCCAUCCCAUGCGCCCGACGUGCCGAUAACGAUAACGAUAAUAAUAAUUAUAAUAAUAAUAAUAAUAAUGUUAAUUACGAUUACAAUAGUAAAAACGAUAACGAUAGUAAUAAUAUUAAUAAUUAUAAUAACGAUAACGAUAAUAAUAAUAAUGAUAAUAAUAAUAAUAAUAGUAGUAAUCAUCAGUGCCUUGAAUACGCCCGUCGGCAGCUCAUACCGGCCAUGUGCCCGGACGACCCGGGUGCGUACCGCCGGCCCGGCCGGUUGUCCCGGUACCGGCUCCGGCACUGCUGCCACCACACUGUCGAAUCGGUCGUACAGGAGCCGUACGCGGACAAGGAGUCGUGCGUCGACCAGGUGAACAAGGCGCUUGACAUGGAUGAUAUCGCGGCCGCCAUGUCAUGUCAGUUCAACGAGGUGUUGGCCAGGUACGACUGCAAGCAAAAGUACUCGGCCAAGUCAUGUGAUUCGUGUAAGGUAAGUCGGUCGGACGUUAUAGUAUUAUAAUAUACAGUUGUGCGCGCGCUCGAGUAAAUAAUAAAGUUUUUUGAUGUGGAGCACGAGUGAGUGCUUUUUAUUUAAAAAAAAAAGUUACGCAACACGCGUUAAUAGUAAUAUUUUAUCCUUCCGGUAUUGUAUAUUUAAUCGUAAAAAUUAUACCCAAUACUUAAGAGGACGCCACACAGCACCACACUGCGCUGUCUCCGUCAUACAAACACGUAAUAUGGCAAAUUUACGUUUUGAACAUGAUUAAAGAUAGUAUGGUUGCCCAAAGAACCAUAACAAUAAAUGAACCUUAUAUCAAGGUGGAUAUAUAUAUAUAUAUAUAUACAACUUGCCUUAGAGGUUCCUUUUUAUCAUAACGAUUAUCAGAACUAAACAUCGGCGAUCCAAAUGUUUAAAUAUUGAACAACAAAUUUGAACAACAUGUUUUAUAAUAAUUGUUGUCCAACCAUACUAUCUUUAAUUGUCGUUCUGAAUAAUACAUUAACCUCAGCUGUAUGUAUAAUAUAAGAGCGAAUUGACCUAUUAUCAAAUUUAAAAGUAAGAAUAUUAUCUGGUAUACCUCGCGUUAUUUUUUGUUUGGAUUUCAAUUUUAA